AUGCCAAUGUUGUCUCAAUUUCAAAUGAACUUUCGCGCGUUUCUCGUUCUGGCGUCGAAGGUAUGGACGUUUAUCUGCUACAUAUUCAACCGGCAGGUUCGGGCGUUUGUACAGCAUCAACCGGUGAAAUACCAGCUAUUUCCCCUAUCGCCGGUCUCGCGGCACCGGCUGAGUAUGGUCCAGCGGAAAACGUUGGUCCUGGAUUUGGACGAAACGCUCAUACACUCACACCAUGACGCAAUGCCGCGCAACACCGUCAAACCGGGCACACCGCACGACUUCACGGUCAAGGUGACGAUCGACCGGCACCCGGUGCGCUUCUUCGUCCACAAGCGACCCCACGUCGACUACUUCCUGGACAUCGUUUCCCAGUGGUACGAUGUGGUCGUCUUCACCGCCAGCAUGGAGAUCUACGGAGCCGCCGUAGCCGACAAGCUAGACAAUGGACGAAACAUCCUGCGACGGCGCUACUACCGACAGCACUGUACGCCCGAUUUCGGCUCGUACACCAAGGACCUGUCCGCGAUAUGUAGCGAUCUCAAUAGAAUUUUGAUCAUCGACAACUCACCGGGUGCAUACCGAUGCUUUCCCAACAACGCAAUACCGAUCAAAUCGUGGUUUUCCGAUCCGAUGGAUAUUUGCCUGCUGUCACUGUUACCACUCCUGGAUGCGCUGAGGUUUACGAACGACGUCAGGUCGGUACUAUCGCGCAAUUUACACCUCCACCGUUUGUGGUAGCAGAAUUUAAAUAACAUUUUACGGUGCGCUGUGAGACUUCUAAAAUCUUACAAAUAUUUUUUUAUUUUAUUCUAAACUUAUGAUUACUUACUACUAGUGAGGGAAUUAUUGUGAAUUUUGCAUUGAACGGUUUGAAGUAAAUCGUUACAGUCCUACGGUGGCAGAUAUUGCUGAAGUAUAGUGAAUCCGCUGACGUCUCGGGGCUGUUGAGAUUCGUCGGCUUAAAUGGCAACCGACAGACAGCUACCAGGCAUCACGUAACACGCCGAUCGUCAAACCACGGUUUUUGAAAUCAUAAACGGAGGACAUCGAAUAGGCGAAACCCUCCAGUAGCUUGUUAGGAACGAACUGUAGCCAGCAGA